UUUUAUUAUUCCUUGCAGUCUCUCUCUUUACAAACAACACCACGCGCCGCCCAUUUCCCCUCCCUCCCUCCCUCCAAAAGCCUCUCCAUAUCACACUCCAGCCCUAGAAAUUUUCAGAACAUAGGGUUUAUAAUUGUCAUGUCUUACUCCUUAAUCUCUCUUUCAAAAUAAUUAUAUUAUUUUUUUUCCAAUGUCUUCCUCCUCCUCCUCCUCUCUUGCUGCUACUUCAACUACUGCUACUGCUACGAAUAACAACAACAACAACACUUCAUGUUGCUCUUCUUCUUCAACGGUGCUGUCAAGGAAGUGUUUCAAUUCCGAUUGUACGGACUUCAAAUCUCGAAAAGGAUGGAGGCUUCGGUCCGGUGACUUUGCCGACCUCUGCGAUCGAUGCGCUUCUGCUCAUGAGGAGGGGAGGUUCUGUGAGACUUUCCACUCGAAUGCCAGUGGCUGGAGGAGUUGUGAGUCUUGUGGGAAGAGGGUUCAUUGUGGAUGUAUUGUGUCACUUCAAGCAUUUACAUUGUUGGAUGCUGGAGGUAUUGCUUGCAUGGCAUGUGCAAGGAAAAGUUUUGUUCUGACACCAAACCCUGCCUGGCCUCUAUUUUAUCAUUCUCCUUUUCCUGAAAGACUCAAAGACCUUUCUGUCAAGAGUUGGAGUCAAUUAGCUGGGUCAGGUCCUGUACCAUGGCGUCAAGCACCCAGUUUGUUCAAUUCUUCUGCUACCCAGUCUGAAUUGCAACCGAGGAUGCCUUAUGAAGUUGACAGGCUCAAUGCUGGUGAAAGAUUUUCUGCCCUUUCCCUAGAAAAAAGGAAACUUGAGGAUUUUCCUGAAAGAUUUAUCAACGGAAGCCCGAGGAAUCACUUACAGGAUAUAGUUGAGAAUGGGAAUGCAGGAAUCAUUGAUGAUGAGCAACCACAAAUGUUGUCAUCUUUAAGAGAGGAUAUAUCUGCUCAACAAUUCGGUAUAACAAUACCUUAUGCAUCUCCAAGCAAGUUAAAAGGUCAAAUCGAGGGCUCUGUAAAUCCUUUACUGCCAGCCCCUCUGCCUCUGUUUGCUAAGCGUGUUCAUGGGACUUUACAUAAAGGAGUUGACUCAUCAGUUGAUGGCCAGAUACGCAAUGGAAGACCUAGAAUAGAUGCCCGUGGAAAAAGCCAGUUACUUCCUCGGUACUGGCCAAGGUUUACUGAUGAAGAGCUACAGCAGAUAUCUGGAAACCCUAAUUCUGUUAUCAAACCUUUGUUUGAGAAGAUGCUGAGUGCCAGUGAUGCUGGACGAAUUGGGCGUCUGGUGCUGCCAAAAAAAUGUGCAGAGGCCUAUUUUCCACCCAUCUCGCAGCCUGAAGGUCUACCUCUCAGGGUCCAAGAUUCUAAAGGAAAAGAGUGGAUAUUUCAAUUUCGGUUUUGGCCCAACAACAAUAGCAGAAUGUAUGUUCUGGAGGGAGUUACUCCUUGCAUACAAAACAUGCAAUUGCAAGCAGGCGAUAUAGUAACGUUUAGUCGAUUAGAGCCAGAAGGAAAAUUGGUUAUGGGAUUCAGAAAGGCAUCCUCAGCUUCACUAUCUGAUCAGGACAAUGAAACUAGCCAGAUUGGCGAUGGUGUUUCUGCAAAUGGAGAUGCUGAAUUGGGUCCUAGUCCUUGGUCUAAAGUUGACAAAUCAGGCUACAUAGCAAAAGAAGUUCUUGAAGCAAAAUCUUCAAUCAAAAAGAGGAAGAGCAGCACGUUGGGUUCUAAGAGUAAGCGCUUAAGGAUUGAAAAUGAAGAUAUGAUAGAACUGAAGCUAACAUGGGAAGAAGCACAAGGAUUGCUCCGCCCUGCUCCUGACCAUGUUCCCAGUAUUGUGGUGAUUGAAGGAUUUGAGUUCGAGGAAUAUGAGGAUGCACCAGUGCUCGGCAAACCUACAAUUUUUGCAAUGGAUAAUGUGGGUCACAAGAUUCAAUGGGUUCAAUGCGAAGAUUGUCUUAAGUGGCGAAAAUUGCCUCUCAAUGUUCUUCUUCCCUCCAAAUGGACAUGUUCUGGUAACACAUGGGAUUCUGAAAGAUCAUCAUGUUCGGCGGCUCAAGAUUUGACAUCAGAGCAGCUUGAAAAUCUACUGCCAUCCCGUAAUUUAGUCACUUCCAAGAGAUUGAAGGCUGCCAAGAAGGAUAUUGAUAAUGUUGAAGCUUUGGGGGGCCUUGACACUCUUGCUAACCUGGCUAUUUUGGGAGAGGGUGAGGCUCUUCUGGCUUCAUCCCAGGCCACCACGAAGCACCCCCGACACAGACCAGGCUGCUCCUGCAUCGUGUGCAUUCAGCCCCCAAGUGGGAAGGGUCCCAAACACAAGCAGACAUGCACAUGUAAUGUCUGCCAAACAGUGAAGCGCCGUUUUAAGACCUUAAUGAUGAAGCGAGAGAAGAAGCAAUCAGAGAAAGAAGCAGAAACUACUCGGAAGCAGCAGGAGUCUUCCGCUGAGAAGUUGCUUGAUGAUGACCCCUCACCAUCUAGCAAUGCAGGAAGUGCAAGUGGCAGUCCUAACAAGAAAAAAGCAGUCAGUGAAGUUUCCGAUGAUGAUCCUAACAGAAUGAAAUCCUCAACUUCGCCUUUUAAAGGCCAAAUAGACCUGAAUAUCCAGCCAGAGAGGGAGGAUGAGUUAUCACCUGGUUCGGAUUCUGGAGGCAUGAUGAGGAUGCUCCAAGAUGCCUCUGAGAGAUACCUCAGGAUGCAAAGAUUCUUGAGUUCAGAUGGUGAUAAUAUCCCUGCCAGUAAUCACUCGGUAUCAAGUGGGGGGGCAGAUGAAAAAGCCGGUAGUGGCAUUAUGCUUGGUGGCAGCCAUCAAGAUGUUAGCGAGGAUCACCCCUCAGCUUUUUCAUUGAUCGCAUCUGAAUCUGCAUCCACUCCAGCCACCUGAUAGACAAUGCCCUUUCCUGUGCAUGACCAUCAACCAAGAAAGACCCCGUGAUUGAACGCGAGGAUAUUCUCGUGGCAUGUUUGUCCACAUCAGCAUUUUAACUCCGUUGUUCUGUACAUAAAGUAGAGAGGGGUAGGAAAGCGGUAACAUGGGUGAGAACCAAUAUUUUUUCUGGUCCAUGCUGUAUAAUAUCUUCUUCUCCAUGCUAAUACAAUUGGACACAGACAUGCUUUUAGAAGAUGAUUGAUGAUUCAAUCAAGUGGGUAGGAGGUUGCAGCUAUGUAGUUUAUUGUUAGAAGCUCACUGCUACCCUUAAUUCAGAAACACAGAGGAUGGAAUUAAGCUUGUGCUUUUUCGCACAUAGUCCAAAGAAAAUUGCAUUCUUGUGAA